AUGGGCAGCCGACCUGGCGGAACUCCAGACGUCCACGCCGACCGCCAUGGCCACCAGCAACUCCAGCGCCCCCAGAUACCCGCCUCCAUGUCUGCCCCCGCCGGCCGCCUGCCGCGCCUGCUGCCCGCGGACCUCUCCUCCUACACCGACUCGUACCUGCCGACUGCAGCCAUCCCACCGUCCGCGACUUCCCUCGCCGAGCUCGCUCACCUGAUCCGCCUCCAGGGCUACCAGGAGCAGCGCAAGACGCAUGCCCGCGUGCGCCUGCACCGCUGGCUGGUCUCGAGCGCCCUCUCCGCACGUCUGGUACACUGCGGCGAGCUGGCCUACCGCACGCUGGUCGACAACUUCCGCUCCGACGACAAGAAGUCGUUCGCCUCCCUCUACAACGCCCUCAACGAUGUCCGCAACUCGUGCGACGCCACACGGCAGUAUGCCCUCUUGGAGCCGGAUCUGGAGUUUGGCAAGUCCAAGAACUUCCGGAGCGAGAAGCCCCUCUCUGCCUCCACUUUCCUCAAUGAAGUCCCGUCCAAGAUUCUGGACAACCUUCUCGAUUUCAUUUCUGAAAUCCGUACGAACCCAGAAUUUCUUGCUGCUCGUAUUUCCAGUCUUUCGCAGCAAGAGCUCACUUCUCUUACGUCUUUCCGUCAGACCAUGGACCCGAUUGACUCGGUCAUGUUUGCAAACGCCCGUAGCCGCAACGCUCCCUCGCAGAAGGCCCAACAGCAAGGAACAAGCCCGGUUGAACGUCUUCUAUCUUUCCAGCGCCACGAUCCGCUGUCUGCCCUCGUCUACACCAUCUUCGCUAAUUCAUCCGGACCCGACUCGGCAGAGGACCUUCGCCGCACAGAUGUAUGGGCCACUGUUUGUGCUAAGCUGAUUAAGAACAACAACCCCAACUUCAUCCGCACUGUGCUCGAUGUUUGGGCCGGCAUGCGAGAAUGGCCCGGAAAGACCAACUUGGAGCUCUAUCUUAUGCAGACCCUCCAGGAUGGCCAGUUCCUGCUCGAGAAGCCCGAGGAGCAGGCCGCACGACCCGGAAUGCAAGCGACCCCGCGCUCCAGCAAGGACACCAUCGCAGCAGACGAGUUCUUUGACAAGGCUGUCAAGCGUCUGUUCGAGGUCGUUGACGAUGAGCCCAGUGCCGGCGGCAUUCCAGAAGGAGUCUUGGAGAUUGGAAAUGCCAUCCUCCGCAAGCUGGAGGACGAGAAGAGCUUGCGCAGGGCUUCGCAAAAUUUCUUUGUCUCGCGUUGGCUCUUCUCUACCUUCCUCAUGAACGCCAUCAUCCAUCCCGAGGCAUGUCUACCCUUUCUGACGCAAGAACUGCGAAACUAA